UUGCAGGACGACAGCAACCCCGAUUUUGUGGCCGAGGUUGUGGAGCUCUACUUUGAGGACUCUGCAGGAAAGCUUGAAAAGCUUGAUGCAAAGCUGGCUGCCCCUGUGCCCGACUUCAACGAGGUGGAUCAGCUCGUCCAUCAGUUUAAGGGCAGUUCGGCCAGCUUUGGGGCACAGGGCCUCGCAACACUUUGUGUGCAGUUGCGUGAUGGAUGCAUGCGCGGAGACCGUCAGGGCUGCCAGCAACUGCUACAGGAGGUCAAAAGAAAUUUCAACACUCUGAAAGGAAGGCUGGAGAUUUUCAUGCAGCUGGAAACACAGAGGAAGCUGCUCCUGAGUGGAGGCAUGUGA